ACUCAGGCUGCGCCGAGCAAACCCAACGCCUUUUCCACCCGCCGCCGCCGCUGCUGCUGCCGUCUCUCUCUCUCUCUCUCUCACACUCUCUGCAGUGACGGUCAAUUGACUGACUCUCCGGAGAGGGCGCACACACAAACAAACGCAGGCGCCCGAGCAGAAGAGACACGUACGUUUCUCAUUCAGAUCCCGCGUUUUUUCCAGCACGAGUCCCUGAAGCCUCGAUUCAUUCAAGAGCAUAAUAAUAAAAGAAGCCAUUGAGGGAGGAGGCAGAUAGACAGACCCAGAGACGGUUUUUUCGUUCUGUCCUCUCCACAGGAGUUCACGAGAGGGUCGUGCAGUCUCUCGACGCCGAAAGAGAGAGAGAGCCAAAGUUUGCAAAGUUUCGGUUCCUCGGAAAUCGCGAGGUGAGGUCGCCAUGGACAGCGUCGUCUCUCUCGUCUACUAAAAGCGAGUGCCACGGACCUGUGGAACGUCGGCUUUGUCGGGGGUCUGCUUUACGAACACAAGGGAGGGUACGCAGUCAAAGUCAUGGCUUUCACUAGGGGCAUGAGCGUGGGCAUGAGGGCCGCGCUAGCGAUGCUUCUCUUGAUACCCAUGGUACUGGGCACUCCUCUGGUGACUGGCAAUGUAGCGACCAACGAGCUGAUUGAGCCACCAGUACAGGAAGACUUGGACUUGGCCUACUGCCGCAGUGGAUCAGCGUGCGGCUACCUGCAGGUGAACGCCUACGGGGUGAACGCUCGACAGUUCUGCAGGUGCCCCAGGAGAGAGGGGACUUGCAGCCUCCACUGGGACCCCCAGGAUGGCCACUCAGUCACCAUGGGAUCAGAUCAGUACAAGUUCUGUGGGUCGCCGCCCUCCAUUCAUGUGUGUAACCGCGACGAAACGGCCUACACAGCCGCUUACAUCUUCAACAAGGCUACGUUCAUGAUGGCAGGGGAACACCACCGAAUUCACUGCUAUUGUCCUCCACCCAUGGCUCACCUUCAGGACGACAUGGUGGAAGACGUGGUCGACGGAGAACUCAUCAUGGCCACCGUCCACGUCUGCUCCAUGCUGCCCUUAUGCGCAGAGGACGCCCCGUGCAAGGAGGUCAGUUUGGGAGGAGGAGCAUCGCUCGUCAACCCCAAAUGCCGGUGCCCAAGAAACUUGUCCUGCCCAACCUUCGGUCUCUCCGUCACCCCACAUUCAAACGCCUACCCGGAGGGCAAGGCCUAUUCCGUUCACUGCCAAAAGCCGUACUAGAAUGUGCUACUCCCCCAACCCCAUCCCCCCCACGCCCCAGAUCUCUCCCCGCCUCCUCUCCUUGAACUGCGUCAUCUCGCCAGUAGAGUUUUCGUUUCCACUUCUUUAGGCCUUCUCCUUCAGUCUUGCCUGACUCCAAAAGCCCUUCAAAAGACUUCUGUCAUCGCGAUAACUUGGAUUCUAUCAAUCAGUAGCACCAACAAUUUACUGUUGGGAUGGAAGUCUCGUCAUCACGAGGCCCAUCAUUAAUCUAUUUAGCUGAUAGACUCUCGCGUAGUCCGCAGUGACAUCUAUAUAGUUGCCCAUUUGGUUCCUGAACAGAGUAGGAAGAAGGUUCAUAGGUCUAGAGAAAUGGUUUCCCCUGCAAAACGGGAACUCUCGUCAGAUCUCGCUUGCAAACGGAGACCAGGAAUCAAGACCAACCAUUCUUGGAAUUAGCGGCUAUGAUAUAGCGUCAAUCUUUAAUUUCUUUCGAAGGAAGACCUGACUUAAGUUGUAGAGAGAAGACAAAUAAGGCAAUAAAAGAUAUCUUAAGUUUUCAUACUACACUUAUCAAUGAUGCAAAUAGUAAAAGAUGAUUUAGCGUGUCAUAUAUAGCUUAUCGAUCGACGAAUUAGUAAUCAGUAAAUCAGUAAUGAAAGCAUGAUAUGGAUACAUACCUACAUACAAAUGCUCACAUG